AUGAAAAUAAAUUUAAUAUUAUUAUUCAUUUAUUUAUUAUUUAUAAAUGUUAAUAAAAGUCAAUUAAUAGAAAUAACAACAAGUAACACAUUAUCAUUAUCGAUUGAAAAUCCAAAUUAUUCAAAAAAUUUCAUUUCAUCUUAUGUAAAUUAUUGUUUAAUUGAAUAUCAAAUUUUAGUUUUUAAUAAUGGCGGUCUUGGUAGUUAUUUAUCAGAUUUUAAAACAACUUCAAGCAUACCAAGUUUAUUAAAAUCUUCUAAUGACAAUUCAACUUAUUUAUAUUCUUACAAUCUACAAGUUCAAAUGGAUACAUCACUCAUUAUAAAUUUAACACUUACAUCAAACAAUUUAGUUCAAACAAUAUAUCAAUUAAAUCAAACUUGUAAUAAUGUAUUAAAAGAAAAUAAAGUAGUAGAGUUGGAUGUUGUUCCUUUUGUAUUUAAUGAUGGAUUUUAUUCACUUUUUCCUGUAAAAGAAGAAGACAAUGAUUUAUUUUUAGCAAUUUCAUCUCAAGGUGAUCUUGUGUACACAGGUUUCAAAAAUUAUUUUUUUAUGGUAUGGGGUGCUGAUUCUACCAAUCAAGGUAAAUCUCUUACUGAUAAAUGGAAUAGAUUACUUUCAUUUUCUAAUGGUAAAACUUUAAACAUUACUUCAAGGUCAUAUUGGGAUUAUUUUCAAGAAAAUGAAUUACCAAAUCAACCAAGUGAAAUUUCAUUUUAUCCAUCAGGUUUAAAUAGUAGUAACCCAAUGUUUACUGAUUUUGGUUCCUAUAAUGCACCAUUUGUUAAAGUAAAAAUUGAAUCUGAAAUUAUAAAACCAUAUUUUUAUUUAUGUUUUGAUUUUGAAUGCACUUCAUUAGCACCUUUAAAACCAAUCAAAGGUAUUAAAGGAAAUAUGACAUAUGUUUCCUAUAUGUUUAACCAAAUAACUGAAGAUUAUCACAAUUAUUCAUUAUCAAUAGCAAAUAAAUAUUCAAUAACCAAUUCAAUUAUAAAAACUAAAUUUAAAAGGUUUAAAUUACCAUUAUUGAAUAUAAAUGUUUUGGAAAGUAAAUUACAAGAUAACCCAAUACCAUUGUUUUCAAUAGCAUUUAAUAAUACAUCACCUUUUAAAUUUACAACAACUUUAUAUUCUUUUAAUUAUAGAAAUUCAAUAAUUGGAUGGCCUUUUGGGUUUUUAUCAGGUAAUAAUUUAAAUCACACUCGUUCAAUUACAUUUCAAAAAUAUAUAGAUAGUAAGGAGAAAACCAGUUUUUCAUUCAUGACACCAUAUCUUGGUGAUGGUCCACCCGGUCUGAUAAUAGAUAGCAGUGAAAAUGUUGUAAAUAAUCCACCUCAAAUGAUAUCAUAUAAAUUUAUAAGGGUUCAAGGAUUUGUUUUUAUUUUAUCAAUCGAUUUUACUUCAAUUAAUGGGAUACAGUAUUUUGCUAUUGAUUCUAGUGUUUCUAAAAGUUUAGAUAAUUUGGUCAAAGGUGAUAUUUACAAAGGUACUUUUGAAAUAGUAAUUGAUGCAGUAUUUGAAUAUAUUAAAUUGGUCGAUACUUUAAAUUUUCAAAUUUACUAUAAACUUGGUGAUAUUAUUUCAUUUAAUCCAAUAUUAAGAUUUGAAAACCCACUUUUAUUAAAAUCUUUAGAUCAUACAUAUUUUGAUGAUCUUUGGUUUUCAACCAAUGAAUUGGAUUUAAUUGAUAAAGAUAAUUACAUAAUUGCAUAUAUAAAUUCCUCUAAAAUGCCUCAAGAUUUACUUUUAUCUUCAUAUAUAUUGGAUGUAAUAACACAGACUAGCAUUGAUACAAAUCCAAUUAUUUACAAUUCAACCUUGGGUUUAUUUACAAGUAAAUUUAUUGUAAAAAAGAAUAAUAUUUUUGGUGAAAUAUUCUUUUACUUUCAACAUUCACUUUCUGGUUUUUUUUUAAAUAAUGCACCAAAUUCAACUCAAUUAAUGGUUAAUAGUACAGUUUUAGAUAAUGAAGGACCUAUAUUCUCAAAGAUUGAAACUAUUGGAAAUGAAACAUUACUUGAUUUAAACAAUGUAAAUGGUGUUGUUGGUUGGAAUUUUACUAUUACAGAUUAUCUCAAUGGUUUUGAUCGUGGUUAUAUUAAAGUAAUGGGAUCUUUAGAUAGUUCUACAUUUAAUUUCAAUUUUACUUUUAAUGAUUUCAUUUCAGGUAAUAAAUUUGAAGGAGUAUAUCAAUUAUUAAUUCCAGUAUCAACCCCAUGUUCUUCUCAACAAUACCAAAUAGUUUAUGUGGAACUAUAUGAUACAAACCAAAUUCUUUCUAAAUUUGAACCGUAUACAGGUUUCUCUCCUCUAAUAAACCCAUUUAUGUAUUUAUAUGAAAACUCUGAAGAUGGAGGUUAUUCUUUGAUGACCAUGGUAUCAGUUUUGUGUCCAUCUUUUCCUGAGGAUCCCUCAAAACCAGUUUUACUAUCAUUUACAUCAUCAAAAUCAAUUAUUGAUGUUGGUUUAAUAGAUAGAUCUGUAACUUUUACUUUUGAAAUUAUACCAAGCCAAAGUGGUAUUAGAAAAAAUCAAUCACCAAUAAUUUACAUGACUUCUAAAAGAUUGGAAUCUUUUGAAUGUGUAUCAAAAUUAACAGAUGGUAGUAAUAUCACAUAUGCAAAAUAUACAUGUACAACUCAAUUACCAUUAAGUUUUGGAUAUCCAGGUGAAAUAAUAUUGUCAGUUUAUGGUAUUAUUAAUAAUGGAGGUCAUUAUCAUGGUUUCUCAACUGUUGAUUUAUUAUCCACUUCAUCAAAAGGUUAUAUAAGUACAUCUAUGACAGUGGAUCAACCAAUAUUGACUUCAAAUUUAAAGUAUUAUUCCGAUGAUAAAGAGUUAACCAUUUUAGGAAGAUCAUUAUCAAACAUUAAUAAAGUAUUAAUAAAAGAUGUAGAUACAGAAUCUAUAAAUCAAACAUUGGGAAUUGAAUCAAUAUCUUUUUAUGGUUCAUCAGGUAUUAAAAUUUCAAAUAUUAUUCCAAAUGAUAAAUUAUUUGAUGUUUUAGUAAUAUCAAACUCAACUAUUGAAUCCAAUAAACUUAGAGUUUCUCCAGUUUAUUUUAAUUUAACACCUUCAAAUAUAGAACCACCUAUUACACCAACUCCAUCUACACCAACUCCAUCAACACCAAUCCCAACUAAUCCACCUCAACCUUGCCCAGGUAAGCCUAUGUGUGGUGGUGAAAAGCAAGGAUAUUGUUCAGCAGUGGGAACUGGUUGCAUUUGCGUAUCACCUUGGAUCGGUCUGGAUUGUAGUUCUAAAGUAAUCAUUGUACCACCACCAGUUAUUAACAAUACUGAUCCAUCAGUUGUAAUACCAACAAUACCAAUUGACGAAAACAGUUCUAUUAGUAAUGAAUUGCCAGAAGUAUUGUUUAAAUCAUUAAUAUCAUUAGUAUCAAUAAGAGAAAUAGAUUUCAAUGAAAAACAAGUUACAAACCAUAUAUUUGAUAAAUGGAUUUAUACACCAAUUACAGAACUAAAGAAUCAAUAUAAAACAUCAGUAUUAAAUACCAAUAUAACAGCUACAUUGGAAUGGUUUAACACUAGUACUGAUAUUGAAUUUGCAAAUCAAAAAUUAACAAUGAACCCUUCAACUAUUAAAUAUACAAUAGAGGUCACUGGUGAAUAUAAAUUUGCAAAUGCAUUAAAUCAACUUCAAUUAAUAAUGUUUGCAUCAUUUGAAUCAUCUAAAACCAAUGAAAUUUGUUCAAAUACACAAUUUGGUAAUACAAGUACAGGCGAUAAUUCAAAUUUUUUAAAAAUUCAAAUAGAUAAUCAUUCAUUGUAUGGAAGAUUCAUUAAACGUGCAAUUAUAGAUGGUGAAUUUAGAAGUGUGUCAAAUAAACUAUUAGAUUCAUCAUUAAACUCAAUCAAUUCAGCAUCUUCAAUUCAAACAUAUAUAGCUAUUACAGUUCCACAAUUUAAAAAUCAAAUUAUAAUUGAUCCAGAUUUCAGUGUGUUAUUAGAUUUCAAUGAUGCAUCAUCUAAUGGCGCCACCUCUAUUUGUAAUAAUUCAUCAUCUGAUGGUUUAAGUACUUCUCAAUUGGUUGGUAUUAUUAUUGGUUCAGUUGCAUUUUUACUUGUAAUUAUAAUAUCUAUAACCUAUAAUUAG